AGAAGCCAACAAGAGCUCCAAUAGACAAUUCCCGAAGAGCUGUGGCAACAGAGCCCUGGAAGCCAAAAUUCCCAGAGGAACGCUGGAGGAAAGGUGCCAAUGGAACAGCUGGGAGAGCCAAAGAACCCAUUCAGGGCCUUGCCUUCAUCCUGAUUUCCAGCGUUCCUGUGCUGCUUCUCCUGCUGGCCAUCACAGGCAUCUCCUGCUUUUGGCUCUUCAUGAAGAGGAGACAGGAGCUGCUGGAUGUGUCCCCCAAGGGUGACCGGGCCUGGCUGCCCCAGCCCGGCAGGGACAGCCCCAGGCUGGACAUCUCCAGGGUGCUCCACAAGCAAAGCGAAGCUGACCUGGCCGGGGCCAGGCCUGGCACAAAGAAUUCCUCCUUCCGUGCCCACGAGGGGCUGCAGAGCCCCUGCAGGGACCCCCAGGAGCCCUCCAGCAGGGGCUGGGUGACACUGGCCAGCACGGAGAGUGGCUUUGUCACCAACGACAUCUACGAGCUCUGCGGGGAGCGCGUGGGCAGGAGCAAGGAGUCCACCUGGGUGGACAAUGAGAUUUAUGGAUAUUGAGGAAAUGGACCUAAAAAACCCACUGGAAUUUGGAUUUUGGGUGUCAACGUGACUUUUCUUGCCCUCUCUAUGCACUUGUUCAAUAACAGGAUGUGUGGUGUUGUGAGGGUCCCCAGGACGAGGGAAGAGAUGAGAAUCUUGACUCCACGUCUCAGAAGGCUGAUUUAU